CGCGCAGAACAAUACAAGAGAAACGUCAACGAGACCACCGUGUUCGGUGAUCACAAGCCCUCGCCGAUUAACAUCAUCGACAACUGUUCGCUGUACCCCAACAGAGAUAUCAGCGAUAGUAGAAAUGUCAGCGUGGAGCCGAAGAAGAUCGACUUCUCUCUAGAAACUACAGACAACAAAACCCAGGAGGAAUUCACUUCGCUCAGAGAACUGGGUAUCACUCUGGACGUCCGCCAGGAGAAUUUCCCCGACAUCCUGACUCAGUUGAAGCAUGAGGUUAAGAAAGCGAGAAAUGAACUCGAGAGUUGCAAAUCUGAGCUAAAAAAUGCCGAGGAGCAGCUGUGCGAGUUUCCAGCUUUGAAGGAGGAGGUCGACGAACUGAAGGCCCUCCUGGAGAACACGAUGGCCACCAUGGAAAAAGACAAAAAGUUUUACGAAAAUCAAUUGGAGAAUUUCUCCACGAACAAGAAGCAACUCGAACAGAGGCUCACGGAACUGACGCAAGAGGUCAGCGAUAAAUCUAAAGACUUGCAUUUGCUCAAAGAAGACAUCCUUCGAAGGGAGAAUAUGAUAUUAGAAUUGGCUAAAGAAAAACGAAACUUGACUAACAGAUUGAACGAAUUGGAGACCAAAGUAGACGAGCUUCAGAACCGAAACGAGGCUUUGCUGCAAUAUGAAAUUGAGACGCAUACGAUGAAAGAGAAAAUAAAAGAAUUGGAGAAGUUGGAGCAGUUGGUGUCGGAGAAGAAUCAGCAGAUCGACAGUCUGAACCAACAUUUGGAUAGACUGGACGAUAUGCAGAGAAAUCUGAACGACAAAACUGAGGAACUGGAAAAUUUGAAAGUCACUCUACAUCAAAAGACGAAAGAAUUGUAUCAGGUGCAAGCGACGGUGUCUUCUCUGACCCACGACAUGGACCGAGUCAGCGAGGAAAACAACGAACUCAACAAUCAUAACAAAGAACUUAAACUGAAUAUGUCCAAACUGGAGAAGGAACAAGAGAACGCAUCCUUAAAAUUACAGAAUAGCGAAAACGAACUCGAAAGACUGAAUUCCAUCAACAACGAGCUGUCCUCCAAGAUUGAGGAACUAAAAGUUAUUAAUGACCAGCUGAAAGAUAAAGAGACGGAGAUUGAAAUCCUCAACGAAGACAUAAACGUCUACCACAGCGAGAUAUGUGCUCUGAAAGAGCAGCUGGAGAUAGUGUCGCGGAGUCCCUCCCCCGGCGCUGCGCAGGGCAGGGAGCAGGGCAGGGAGCAGAACGGGGAGCGGCGCGCGGCCCUCCGCCGCCUGCUGCCC